GUUUCCGACUUCCGCUCCAGCUGCGGAGACGGAGACGCGCCUGGACGGAGACGAUGAUGAGUGCAUGUGAAGAACUGUCAGGACCUCGAUGAAUAUAAACCAUGUCUGCUGCUUUUUACGUCUGCCUUCUCUUCUGGUACUUCCAAACCAACGCUGUCGAUGCAGAACUGAAACCACCAGAGAACCUGACCAUGAUCACCAUGAACACCAACUACACACUGAGCUGGGAUUGGGACCAGAGUUCAUCAGAGAGUCACGCUGUCAGCUUCACCACACAAUACGUGGCGAGGUACAGGCUGUCUAAAAAGAAAACUCCGACGUGGAGCACCGCCUGUGAGAAGACGUCGCCUAGGUCAUGUGACCUUACAGAGCUCAGUCUGUACUUCCUGGGCAUGUAUGUACUUCGUGUACAAGCCGAUGUGAACGGGCAUGUCUCCGACUGGGGGCAGAAGGAAUUCUGCCCAGAUCAAGAUGCUGCUUUGGGUCCGCCAACCAAAGUGGAUCUGUCUCCUGCUGGAAGUGACCUGGACGUUUUCAUCUCUGAUCCUCUGACCAGCACCAACAACUCCAUGAAGGAAAACCACCCCGAGCUGUAUUACCACAUCCUUUAUUGGGAGCGCUCCGUAGACUCACAGGCCUUAAGAACUCAGACGUUGAGUAGCAGUGCCAACAUAGUGACUUUGCCAGACCUGAAGGCCUGGACUUGGUACUGUGUGAGCGUCCAGACGUGCUAUGACUUCUACAACAAGAAGAGCAGCUUCACCGCACCCCACUGCAUGCAGACCGAAGGAGCCACUCCGUGGUGGCAGAUUGUCGGGUACUUCCUGGUGUCUCUGGUAUUGUGCUUCCUGGUCAUGCUGCUCUCGAUCUACGGCUCUUUUUGGUGCUACAAGACUCUGAAGGCAACGUGGUUCCCAUCCGUCCAGCUGCCGACACCCUUUCAGUAUCUGUGGGACUCCUCUAGGUCUGACAUUCCUCGCCUCCUCACCCCGGAUUCAGACUCGGAGCUGUUGUGUGAUAAGGUGACCGUCUGUCCGGAGCCCCCAGUCCUGGAGAUCCACAUCCCUCCCUCUGAGGUCCUGUUGGCGCCCCCAUCAGGCCUGGAGCCUGACAGCAGUGGCAGACACAGUCGUCAGGACAGCGGUGGCAGUGGAGACUCAGGAGUGUACUCCACGGGGGGCAGCUCCAGCCUGAUGCAGCCCAACAGCAGCCACUCCUCCAAGAGGGCCCGAGUCUCUGGGCAGGGCCCCUUUGACUCGGAGCAGGUGAAGAUGCAGGACAUGGUUCCAGGGCUCAAGGCUCAACUUGUGAACGCAGACGAGGGCAUUGUAGACAUGUGCGUCUGAAGGCAAGCAUGCAAAGAGACGUUUGUCGAGAAGAGCAUGAAGCGAGGAUGAUAUUAAGGAAGACAGAGGUUUGUGGUAUAAUGUGCAGCGUGCCUUUUUUCCAGCCGUCACUGUGAAACAUGGAGUGGAAAGCAUAACGGACCACUAAACCAAAAAGAUGUGUGACGGACGCACACAGAACAAAACAGAUCUGCUGUGAUGGCGACACGUUUCCUAUUGCUUCGCUGUCGACAUGUCUCUUUACAGAUGAUCCUCAUAUGCCCUACUGUUUGGCACCAAGCAGGAAGUAGUGCUGCGUGCUGAUUCUGAUGUGUUGUAAUUGUCCUUCCCCUCGUCUGCACCAGCCGCUGUCUAACCCUUCAUGCUGCGAGCGCUUGACAGCUGGCUCUAUCUGACUGACUGGGUGAGAGGAUCUGUGUAGCAGUCUGCAUUAAUCAUGCUUUCUAUCUCUCUUACUGUCCUGCUGGUAGAACGAGCUGACAUCAGCAGCUUAAAGGUGCUAAUCCGGUAGCAUUGGAUAAACAUCAGUGUGUGAAUGAGGCUAUUCGACCUAAACGAGGAUCACUGUUGAUGUCAAACAGCUCGGCCUUCUUUCCACCCUGGUCAGGACUUGCGUAGUUCAGUGUUGUGUUUGAGUGUGAACAGAAUUUAUUUCUGUCCUUUUUCUAUUUCUCAUCUAAUCCGCAAAGAAACUCGCUCUGAUUUGAACCCUCAUACAGCUGCAUUAGUGAGGCGUAUGAAGCACAGCUUUAGUUAUGAUGUUG